CGCAGGGCGGGAUGGCGCCGGGGCCGGCCGGAGGCUCAGCGCGGCCGUGGGAGCGGGGCCCCCAGCCGGUACCAUGCGCCGCGCCUUGGCCGUCGGGCUGGUCUUCAGCGGCUGCUGCAGCAACGUGGUUUUCCUGGAGCUGCUGGCCAGAGAGUUUCCAGGAUGCGGGAACAUAGUGACAUUUGCACAGUUCUUAUUUAUAGCAGUGGAAGGUUUUAUCUUUGAAGCCAACUUUGGAAGGAAGCGGCCAGCCAUCCCAAUAAGAUACUACCUGAUCAUGGUGGCCAUGUUCUUCACAGUCAGCGUAGUGAAUAACUACGCCCUGAAUCUAAACAUAGCCAUGCCACUCCACAUGAUCUUCAGAUCAGGUUCUCUAAUAGCGAGCAUGGUUCUAGGUAUCAUCAUUCUGAAAAAAAGAUACAGUGUGUCUAAAUACACAUCCAUAGCCCUGGUGUCCAUGGGGAUCUUUAUCUGCACUUUAAUGUCUGCAAAGCAAGUGGCUUCUAAAUCCAGCUUAAGUGAAGCGGACGGACUCCAUGUCUUCAUGUGGUGGCUGUUAGGAAUCGUGGCACUGACCUUCGCCCUCCUGAUGUCAGCCAGAAUGGGGAUCUUUCAAGAGACCAUCUACAAACAGUUUGGAAAGCAUUCCAAGGAGGCACUGUUUUACAACCAUGCCCUGCCCCUCCCUGGCUUCCUCCUCCUCGCUCCGGACAUCUACGCCCAUGCUGUUCUCUUCAGCCAGUCUGAGCCAUUCCAAGUCCCGGGGAUCGGGCUGACCUUACCUAUCAUGUGGUUCUACCUCGUCGUGAACGUCAUCACUCAAUAUGUGUGCAUUCGGGGAGUCUUCAUCCUCACCACGGAGUGCACCUCCCUGACCGUCACCCUGGUGGUGACGCUGCGCAAGUUUGUCAGCCUCAUCUUCUCCAUCCUGUACUUCAAGAACCCCUUCACCGCCUGGCACUGGCUGGGCACCCUCUUUGUCUUUGUGGGCACACUGAUGUACACCGAAGUGUGGACCAGCCUGGGGCCUCUGCUGGCCAAACAGAAGAAGGAGGCCAAGAAGGAGUAAAGGACUGUCUCAGAAAGGACUUUUUUUUUUAUGGUUUUCCAGGGCAGAGCACCAGGGACUCCCCUGCAAGAGGGGUCGUUUCUGUAAUACAGAAUAGCUGCUGGCUGCGCCAAGCUGUGGGGAACAUGUAGAGAACGAGUUUAGUGAGUUCGGCUCGCAGCCCCUUUCAUUUUAAAAUGGUCCUUUUAAAAUUUUUAAUACUGUAAAGGUAAGAUGCGUCUGUUAGACGCUGGCCUGGCACUGGCCCCCUGCCUGUGGUGCUGUCGGCCCACCCUCCCUCCCCACCUGUCUGAUUUUACUCUUUGGCUGCUGUCCAUUACCAUUCUCAUUACCUUACUCGCAGCCUGGUGCCGCUAAUGCCCAGCGCAGCGUUGUAAAGUUCAAUCGCAAAGCAUGGAUGCCAAGCCCCGGCUUCUGGGCUGGCUCCCUAGCUGCAGGGGGCAUUCAAAACCGCUGCGGCUACCGACUCUUCCCAAGUCUCCUGCUCCCUCUGUGAAGUCCUCUGCCGUUCUUGGCUCGGUGCACGUGGCUAGGAAGGAUGCAUUCUGCACCGGCGCAGAGCCUGCAACAAGACUCUCCAUUUGGGAUAUCGCGUUGUGGGCUCUUCAGUGAGCCCAGACGUGUGAGAGAGUGUCACUGAGCUGGGAAAGACAUUUAAAAGGUCAGUCACGCUGUUGUCCUGGUCUCCUGCUCCGGACAUACGUAAGAUCAGGGCUUGACUCAGUUUCAUUUUGCAGGUCACCUUUUAAAGCGCAGGUGACAAAUGGCACCAGGGACUCCGUCCUGGUCAGCUGUGUCCAGUUCCCAGGUCGCUUUUCCCAUCCUAAUGGCUAGCGUAGUAAAGCCAGCCCUGAUCCAAAGAACCCAGCUGGACUGGAAGGGUUUUGCAGGCCAAAUUAGAACCCAGUGACUCCUAGCAACCCGAGUCCAGUGGGUUUGUCAAGAUGAGACUGUUUAGAAUUUAGACUAUUCUACUGGAGCACAAGAUGCAAUAGCCAAGAGUGAGCGAGCUGGAGGCUGUCGGCUCUGCGUGGCUAAGAGUAGAGGCUUUGUUUGUGUUCCUGAGUGCAGCUAGGGAACAGAUCUCUUCAAUCAGAAGGUGCCUCUUUUACAUUCCAUUUGCAGAGGAGAACCACCCUGCUGAGUGACAUGCCCAGUGAAAUUACAGGUGUUUCCCCCGAAGGGCUCAGAUGAAGUCAACCAUGUUGAAGGCCUUUGCAUGGUUGAUUGUCCUCUGAAUCCCAUGGUGAAGUUACUGCUCAGGUCUAACAUGGAGCUUUCCCUGUGUUCACCACUCUUUCCCCCUCUGCUGCUGCUGCUUAAGCCUCUGAAUCAACCAGGGGUGGCGCUCUUGUGACAUCAGGUCCAUAAAGAUGGCUUCCACUUAGUGUCCUGCUAAAUGACUUGGCAAGGUCAAGGAGCCAACCUUUCCGAUCCUCGCUUUGAUUUGGGUGUGCCAGUUCUUUGUGCCGUGCCAUUUCUACCCCCCCGUGUGAGGCUUUGGAUUUGCGUAUCCUCCUGUUCGGCUGCAAGUGCACAGACAAGUUCUGUGCAUUGUGGUAGACCUGGCCAGCAGUGUUCAGGAAUGAGCUUGCACAGGGGUUGUAGCAAUAGAGAAUUAAUAGUGGCAGGGUUCUGUAUUGUCCUUUUUAGGAGCAAGGAGGAAAGAUAAAUGUGCAGUAACAAACCCGCAAGUGAGUACACUGCCGGGACUCUGCUAAUGAGUGAAUGUUAAGAGGCAUAAACCAAUCUGAAUACAAAGCCAACACGUUCCCAUAUUAGAUUACAUUUACUGCCCGCAGGCAGCUAGCUGAGCAUCUGGCUAGAAUAAGCCGUGAUAGCAGAAGAGCGAAAGCCAUCAUAAGUAGCUCUGAGGGUGGCAGCCUUUGGCUGUCUCAGCAGAGAACAAGGACUGAAUUAGCCACUGUGAUGACCUUUAGCAGAGGUCCCCAGAGGUCACAGCUGGUGCCUUGUGGGGAAGCUUGCAAUGCCACUUCCUAGAACUGUUCCAUAGCCAGAUUAGCUCCCCAUUUUCAGCUGUCUUGACUUUGAGCAGCUGGUCAAACUAAUUUACAGCUUCCUUCCUUCCUGUGCUAUUGAAAGUGUCUGCUUAUAACACAGACUAAAUGAAAGGGGCAUAAUCAGCCAGCCUAUCCUUUUCACGCUCCACUGUUCCUAACGCUCUUUGAGUUUGACAACAAGACUUGUUCCACUGGCUGCUCCUCUAAUUUGUCAGAGAACAGCACACAAGCAAACACCCCUAUGUUACAAUCAGUGUUCAAGUAGACGGGAAGGGAUUCACUGCCUUUGAAGUUCAUUCUUUCCUGUAACUGUGAAGCCGCCCAUAGCAGGAUGGAGUUGGCAUCUGCUGACUCAGAGCAAUAUCUCUGAGGAGCAAAACUUCCUGCCUUUGGAGUGCCCCAAACGGCACAUGGUUUUCAAAGUAUUUUCUCAGGCAGGGGGAGAAUAAGCCUGCAUGUUCACUGGAAGGUCUAUCCCUCCUUCCCACAAAUAACUUGGUUUAAACCCUGCUUCUGCUCAUCAGCUGGUAUAUACAUACCUUGGGAAAGACUAGCCCAGAAGUAAGAUUUCCACCUUGAUCUUCAUCACGGAGCAGGGGAAAGCUUUUUACACAGACUCAGAGCAGGGAAUGUGUUCAGCACAAGUAGAAUUCAGUGUUAGAGCAGCAGUAAAGCUUGUAGAUCAAAGAGUGAAAAUCUGGCAUGGGGCUGAGACAUGGAGUCAAAUUCAGCACUGGCCUCCACUCCACAUGGAACCCGUUUACACUAGCCGUGAAUGUGACUCAAGUAGUUUGGGUUCACUGUUGCUAGCCAAACAAUAGCUUGGCAAGUGUAAAAGUGAAUGUAAUGUAUUUGUACACAGGCUGCUCUCAUUUAUCAGCUACACUGUAUGUGGUCUCCUGUUUCAUGUGAUGCAGUUUUUUUGCCAUGCUCUGUAUCUGGAUUUUAUUUGAAUGAAAUCACCAGGAUGUUUUUACAUCUAUCUCUGUUUACAAGACAGUCUAGGUGUUGCAGAGUAGUUAUCACCAGACACCAGUAGGGAUGGCUUCCCUCCGGUAUUCUAGUAUCUCUAAGUGAUAGUCUUUAUAAACUCAUGAGAGGCAGAGGGGAAGGAAAAUGGUGAGACAACCUGGACUAUCUAGAGACACUCUGUCAGCUGUCAGUGUCCUCACGGUAGGGGUAGGGGACUUGUUUUUAAAUUGUAUACUUGAAUGACCGACAGUGAUUUAGCGCAUAUGCAAAUAGACACUUGAAAAAGCCCAACCCCAAAGAUCUGAAAUGCUUUCUUAAUGGAAGUAGAGAUUUAGGUUUGAGGUUUUUCUAUUGUUAAAUAAAUCUGCUCCUGACCCUUA